UUUGGGGGGAGGGACAUGAGGUUACUUCGCUUCUUCCUCACCUUCGUUUAUAGAUGCAAUAUGCUAUUAAAUGCUGACCAAGUAAACCUAAUUGGACAAGUGUUUGAAUCCUAUAUUUUGGAGCAUCACAAGAAUGACAUCAUACAUAUCUUAAGGGAAAAAGAUGACGAGAGACAUUACCCAGUCAUUGUUGAUGCCCUCACCCUUUUUGAGACCAAUAUGGAAAUUGGAGAAUAUUUCAAUGCAUUUCCAAAUGAAGUGCUUCCUAUUUUUGAUAACGCAUUGCGCAGGGCAGCCAUGACAGCUCUGCAGUCUGCUUCUCAGACUCAUGAUCUUAGCAUUAAGCAGAAUCUUCAUGCCAGAAUAUCAGGUUUGCCCGUUUGUCCUGAACUAACCAGAGAACGUAUCCCUAAAACCAGAGAUGUGGGUCACUUUUUGUCCGUUACUGGGACUGUUAUUCGUACUAGUCUAGUGAAAGUCCUGGAGUUUGAACGGGAUUACAUGUGUAACAAGUGCAAGCACGUGUUUGUGGUCAAAGCUGAUUUUGAUCAGUACUAUACUUUCUUCCGUCCAUCAGCUUGCCCUAAUGAAGAAGGCUGCAAUUCAUGUAAAUUUACUUGUCUCUCAGGAACAUCCUCUGCUCCCACCAGCUGCAGAGAUUAUCAAGAAAUCAAAAUUCAAGAACAGGUUCAAAGGUUACCCGUUGGAAGCAUCCCACGUUCUAUGGCAGUUGUCCUGGAAGAUGACUUAGUGGACAGUUGCAAGUCCGGUGAUGACAUCACAGUGUAUGGAGUGGUAAUGCAGAGAUGGAAACCUUUCCACCAGGAUGUGCGCUGUGACCUAGAGAUUGUUUUGAAAGCCAAUUAUGUUCAAGUGAACAAUGAACAAUUAACAGGAGUUAUAGUUGAUGAAGAGGUUCGCAGGGAAUUUGAAGACUUCUGGGAAAAACAUAAAAGUGAUCCCUUAGCAGGGAGGAAUGAAAUUUUGGCUAGCUUGUGUCCCCAGGUUUUUGGAUUGUAUCUGGUGAAGUUGGCUGUAGCCAUGGUGCUUGCUGGGGGUGUACAAAGGACUGAUGCUGCAGGAACUCGAGUGAGAGGUGAAUCACAUCUUUUGUUGGUUGGAGACCCUGGUACAGGGAAAUCUCAGUUUCUCAAAUAUGCAGUAAAGAUUACACCACGAUCUGUGCUUACUGCAGGAAUUGGAUCUACAAGUGCAGGUUUGACGGUAACUGCAGUAAAGGAUUCUGGAGAAUGGAAUUUGGAAGCUGGUGCACUCGUGCUUGCAGAUGGAGGUCUUUGUUGUAUUGAUGAGUUUAAUAGCAUCAAGGAACAUGACAGAACCAGCAUACAUGAAGCAAUGGAGCAACAAACCAUCAGUGUAGCUAAGGCAGGCUUAGUGUGCAAGCUGAAUGCAAGAACUACUAUAUUGGCAGCAACAAAUCCAAAAGGCCAGUAUGACCCUAAUGAAUCAGUCUCCGUGAACAUAGCCCUUGGCAGUCCUUUACUGAGCAGAUUUGACCUAAUCUUAGUAUUGCUAGAUACGAGAAAUGAAGACUGGGAUCGCAUAAUUUCUUCUUUCAUAUUGGAAAACAAAGGGUGUCCAAGCAAAUCAGAAAACCUUUGGAGCAUGGAAAAGAUGAAAACCUACUUUUCUCUUAUAAAGAACCUACAGCCAAAAUUGUCUGAUGAGAGCAACCUGAUUCUUGUCCGUUAUUACCAGAUGCAACGGCAGAGUGACUGCAGAAAUGCUGCCAGAACUACCAUUCGCUUAUUAGAAAGUUUGAUUCGUUUAGCAGAAGCCCAUGCUCGAUUAAUGUUUAGAGACACUGUCACUUUGGAAGAUGCUAUAACAGUGGUCUCAGUGAUGGAAUCUUCUAUGCAGGGAGGUGCACUUCUUGGAGGCAUAAAUGCACUGCAUACCUCAUUUCCAGAAAACCCAACAGAGCAGUAUCAAAUGCAAUGUGAACUCAUCCUGGAGCGACUGGAGCUGCAGAAUCUUCUGCAUAAAGAAUUCCAAAGACUUGACAGAUUACAGAAGGAAAGUCCAUGUCAGCUGCAGCCUGCAGAGAGAAGCAAAAAUACUACUUAUGGAUCCUUAAGCGAUGAUUCCUUAGGGCAGUCAGAGCAAAUGCCCCAGAUGGAACUGUCAAAUCAACAAGGGAAUAACUGCAAGCAGCGACGUUCUUUGGUCGAGGGGAGAAGUAAAGCUGAUACACAUCUGGAGCCUCCAGCUAGCCUGGCAGCUGGUAAAAACAGAGGUACAAAUUACUUGAGUAAACACAAUGAGAGCAGCCAUGAUAGCAGCCUAACCUGGUUUGACAGCAUGGUGAAUGACAACACUGAUUCUGAAGAAAGUUUUCAGCAGCCUUCACUCUUCAAGAGACCUCAAGAUAAUUUGGCUUUUAAAACACUGAAUGACAAAUCCUAUUCUAAAAAAAAAAGUAGUUCAAUACAAAGCAGUGAAACUGGGAUGGGACAGUCACCAGCAAAUAACCUAACUGCUGCUUUUAGACAGGGUGCCGUUUCUGAUAUUGUUGAGAAAAGCUCAAAUGGACAUAAAAAUCUGUAUUCUGAGGCAAAUAUUAAAGAUCCUGCCUCAGCAAAUGCUAUUGUGCCUGAUUCAGUAGUGACACAGCAAGUCUCUAAGAAGUGGCAGAGGUUGCGCACACAGAGAGCUGACAGCUUUUGUGCCAGUACACAGGACCCCAAAGCAGACACUCUGCCUUCUCCGUUAUCUUUUCAUUCAGCUACUGACCCACCAUUUCCUUCAGAUGAUAUGAAUGUGCUCGUAGCAUCUGAGAAGCAGAUAACAUCCACGAGAAAAAGAAAUAAAGACCAAACUGUGAAGGAGGCAAUGGCAACAGGUUCCCAUGAGCCAGAAAUCAUUGAGACUUCAGGAGCUCCAGUGGCUAAACUGGCUAAAUUUUCAUUCAGACAGAGGACAAAAUUUGUUCAUUCUUCUGAAAAUAAGAGUAAUGUGGAAUUGCCUCCCUCACAAUCCGAGACUGUUGUUAAGCCUAACAGGCUUUUGAGCACGGUAGCAGAAGAGCAGCCAAAGGAAGAAUGUUGUCCCCCUGAGAAACAUCAGAAAAAGUUAACAACUAAUUUAGGAAACAAAAGUUUGGAGACGAGACCCCUUGCCAACAAAACAAAGGAAGAGCCACAACGUGAAACCUUACAAAGAGAAAUCAAAGAACCUACAACUGGACAGUCAGUGACCAAUCAGAUUUCAGCUAUUAGACACCAUGCUGUGUUACCUCCAGAUGCAGAGAAGAGCAGGAAAGGAGAGGAAAUGCCUGGUGGCCUGAGCACAAUGAAGGUGUGCUCCAGCACGUUAGCAAAACUAGCCAGCUUUUCCUUCAUUUCCCCUCCUGAAUCAAAAUUGGAAAACUCAUUGUCACUUAAUAUCACCAGCAACAGCAAGGAAAGCCAGGAACAGCCUCUGAAGACCCAUGCUGAGAGCAUCAGCACCAAAAGAAAAUGUUUUGCAUUGGCAAAUGCCAGCAAUAAAAAUGUGGUCACAGGAAAAUCUCUCUUCUCAAUAACAGAUUUAGAUGAUGCCACAUUAGAUUUCGAUUGGGAUGAAGAGAUUAGGAAAAACUCAAAAUCAUAAAACAUACUUCCUUUUUUUCAGUCCUAAUCUAUCUGUCAUUAUCAAUAUAUUAUUGGGAAACAAUUAUCACCCAUAUGAAUAAUUUCCAGAUCUUCUAAAAUAUUCAGGCAGCAUCUCAGCUGUCAUAAAUCAGCAGAUUUCUUUCAAAUCAAUGGAGCUGUGUCAGUGUAUAGCAGCUGAGGAUUUACAUACACCACAAGUAAGAUGCUACGUGUGCAUCUCCAAUUGUUUACAAGACUGUUUAUAGUAUUUGUUGACUGUUUCAAUUGACCUGAUGUAAGGUGAAAACUCAUGUGAUUUAUGAUCAUAUUCAGAGUAUAGUGGUACCUGCAAAUGAAGCAGUGUUAAUUGACAUUUUUUCUUAAUUUUUUUCUUAAUUCAGCUCUUAAAGACACAGAAUUCUAAUAGAUCCUGCGUCCGAUCUACCAUUAAUCCCAGUUAUUUUGGGGACAGUGUCAGCAAGAUGGGGAAGUAAAAGCUAACAAUGAAAUUAUAUUUUGUUCAUCCUUUACAUGCCUUCUUCCUUGAGGCAUUUAGUGAUAUUAUGAUAAUAUAUUAUGUUGCGAUAUUGGUUCCUAUGUUAACAAUAUCAAGAGAGCUUUGCUCUGUCUGUGAUUAGUGGCACCCAUUGCCCUUUGGUUUUGUUGUGUAUGACUGAUUUAUUUUUUUCUUUUUUAUCCGGUAAUACACACUGGUCCAGGCAACUAUUAAUAGGAUCUUGCAGCAUGCAUCGGUCCAUGACAGAGUGGUGGCUUGUGCUGAGUCCUGGGGUUCUGUUCUCAUUCUGGGGUUACCAAUGUGUCUUUUUACCUCAGAAUUACACAUAAAUGACAUUCUCCCAGUGGCAGAGCGCGUAUAGAACUUCUUGUUCUCAGACUGUGCUCAUGUCCAUUCGUGCUCCCUUAGAUGUGCAUAGAAAUUUACAGAACUGUUAGAUCUAUGAGGGACUAGUUGCAAACAGCAAAAUUCCUUGGCCAAGGAGAGAAGUAAAGCUUUUACAUAUCCAGAGUGCUCAACUAGAGUUUGUGAUAACAGAGGUACAAAUGGCUUGAAUAAACACAAUGAAAGCAAAACCUCCCAAAGAGAUGCCAGAGUCCUUGCAAGGCAUCCAGCUUGGAGAGUACUGGGCUAAGGAACCUGAAAAGCAGCCCCCAGCCUGUAUCCCCACACACUGGGGCAUGCCACUCAGGGCAGAUGGAGAGUCCAGGGCUCCAAACAGCAUUAUGGUUUCCCUGGGUGGCUCUUACCACAGCCUGGCGCCAGCUUCCAUUCUGGCCAGGAGAUGAGACCUCAUGGAAAGAGAAGGAGCGGGAGGCAGGGCCGCAAUAAUGCCCCCCAUGUACUUCUACCAAGGUUCCUGCAUUCCUGACUAAAGGUGAUUGUAAGUCCCUUCUGUGAUGACUGUGAUGUCUGCUCCUGAGUAAGUUUUAAAGUCAAUAGUUUUGCCAUGGCUAUUUAGUUUCGCGCUCUAAGUAGGUCGUCAUCACAAAUGAUAGAUCCCAGAAACAAUGGAUCUUAAAUUUUCUGUAAUAUGAGCCAACUCCCCAACCGCUUUAAUGUGGCAAGCACCUGCAGAAUGUCUAUAUUUCAUGCAUUUACUAUAGAUCGUGUCUCUGGGUGGAUAUGCAUCAUCUCUUGGGACAUAGCUUUUUCAACAACUUGUUCAUCUAGUCUGCAAUUUAUCCUUUUUAACCUGUGUUUUCUCUCUUUUUGUCUCAGGGCUUUUAUGAUAUUGACUUUUUACACUAAAUGUCUGUUAAUAGCGUCUAAGCUAUUUUUCAGGUUGGUCCUGACUUUCAUUCUGUUGUUUUUCUUGUUCAGACUGAUUUGCUUUCCUUAUAGCUAAGGUUAAAUCUGACCUCACUAAUAGCUGCUGUGAAAGAUUUUUACCUGUUAAUCCAAUAAUCUGCAUGUCCCUGAUAAUGUUCAUGUUUUGUAAUCCUAGAAUCAGUCUUCAGCCAGUACACUUAGAGCUGCUAUAAACAUUCAGUAUUUCCCCCAUUUUCUUGAAUUCUCUGGUGGAAACAUGCUCCUUCACAAACCACAUUUCUCUGAAGUACAAAGUGUGCAUCAAAUGUAGAAUCAUAGAAAAUUAGGGUUGGAAGAGACCUCAGGAGGUCAUAUAGUCCAACCCCCUGCUCAAAACAAGACCAAUCCCAACAUAGCCAGAACCCUUUCAUAGGAGCUAUCUCCAUAGACAUCUUCAUUAAUGACCUUGGAUGAGGGGAUGUAUUGCACCCUCAGCAAGUUUGCUGAUGAAACUGGGGGAAGAG